AUGCAUCUGGUUGGAAGGCUCCGGUUGGUGGACCAGGUUGCUCUACGACACUUUGUCGCACAAAUUGGGCUUCAUUCAAAAGCCAUGGGACUAGAAGCUGCCUUGCUGCCCAUCUCUAGAAGCCUCAGCAAGAAGCAAGAAGCAAUGGGGGUGCAUCUCCACGUCGACUGCAUAGUCUAUUAUACCGAGUUAUGUAAAUCUCACGCCCAACGAUCUCGGCAUGGCCCAGGUGUGCGUCCUUUUCUGCCCGACGACUCAACCAUUCCCUCCUCCCCCGCCCUCUCGACACUCCUCUUCCUGUUGUCGAUAUUCUCCCCGGGCGAUGCGGGCCUGCGUGUCUCGCCGCCACGUGCGCGCGAUGCCAAGGUUGGAAGGGGGCAGUACCGCGUAGGGAAUGACUGGGCCUUUUUAGGCUCUAACUAUGACUAA